AUGGCUAGCUCAACAAGCAGUCCAAAUUCGUCUAACCCAUCAACUCCCUUUGGUCUUCCCAAGAAUGUCUCCAUCCCCGAGAAAUUCACGACAAUAUCAAAAGACCAACAAGCCCUCCUCGAGCGAGAUGAUUCUUGGAUCUCGGCUCUGAAACAGAAUUCUCGCCAGGGAACUGUCAACGUUCCACCAAAAGCCUUGGAGGACGUCAAAUAUUUCCACACUUGCCGCACACUUCCGCCUGCCGCCCAGGAGCCAAAUGUGCUUGCCUCCAGCGGGCCGGCUGAAACAGAGCCGAUAGCUCCAACAGUACCAAGCCAUGAAAAAGAGGAUGGAGCCAACUUGAGCUCUAGCCCCGGAACGCCCAUUAGCUCCUGGCCAGAAUCCCCUCAGCCGUCUCCCCGUGCCCCAAGACAACACCCCACGCCCUCUCCGGCACCGUCUAUCAGGUCGCAGAUUGUGACGGAACGCCAGGCUGCUGCAUCAAGGAUUACGUCCCAGUCUCCUCCGCCGGACCGUCUGAGCAGUCCUCAGAUCGCGUCUUCGCCGCCCAUACAGCCAGCUCCUAAGCGGCACAUCCCGCCCUCAGCCGGAGUCAAACGCCGCCCAGUCGAGGCUUUCCCGUCAAGCAGCGCUGGUCUGGAGGACGAGCUGGAAACAGCCAUUCCUGGUGCUCUUUUUGAAGCAACGCCCCCUAUCAAUCGAAUGGCUGCACGCCUGGUGACUGCUUCACAAGCAGUCACAAGUCCACCUUGCGGCCAGGGAAGCAUGGUCCCAUCCACUUACAAGGACGUUAAGAGCCCUGAAGAGCAGGCGGAAGGUCCCAACAAGAGACGACGCAUGAAGUCGAUCAAGUUUGAUUCGAGCCCUCACGGUCAGCCAGCGGAGAGUAGCCGUUGCGACACGACCCCUGCUCGACCUACGAUACCACUUUCGGCUUCUUUACAAGAGCCUCUGCCGAUAUCCUCAGCGCCCUCGAUAGCGUCUGCGCUUCCUAGCACUGACACCCACCCCUCUCUAGGAACACCUCGAGUUGUCAACGAUACCCUGGGCCUUGCCAGGGCCGCUCCUAAUUACCAACAAGCCUGUACCACCCCACACUCAGUCUCACCGUCACCCAAGUCUGGUCGCAUUUCUGAAGAUCAGGUUAUGACGGGAAACAACAUCGUAUCCGAAGAGCCCGAGCGAGGCCAGACGACGGUAGCCUCGUACAACAGACGCAAAACGCGCAGUGUCAGAACAUUAUUUCAUAUCUGGACCAUGAGUGGAAGGCAGAAGGCGUUGACUGGCUUCCGCCGACAUUAA